AUGUUAAAGCAUCAAGUGGAAGCGACAGUUAUGAGUUGGAAUUUUCAUUGCGAUUUUCAACUUCCUCGUAUUAAAUGGGUUGCGGUCUAUUCGACUGGAUCUAUAUUCUUAAAGAUGCCAGGCUUUACCGUUUUUCACCGGUUUCUGUCGAACGUCCAUGCAAAUUCAUCUUCACCUUGCCCAGCAACCAUUGACCUUCACAACACAGAGGGACAACCGCAGCCUUCGAUGAGUUUCUCAGGAGGAGUACUGGCUGACGGUCCUGCAGUCAUUCCUCGUGAACUCAGUGCUCAGAUCAAACAUGUGACACCGCUGCUUCAUUCACCAGCAAAGCAUGCCCACACGCCACUAAUUCAGGCUCGUGAACUAUUCAAAGUUUCAAGUUCGGGCGGACGAUUGUGUUCGUAUUAG